AUGGCUUUUUUCAGAAACAUUUUUGGAGUGGCCACGCAUCCUCCCGCUAGAGGUGUCCCGUCAUCACGUUCUCACCCGCGGGUCAUGGAGGAUCCAUUUCGGUGUCCACGGACUGAAACAGUCCGGGAACUGGCUCGCAUACUCGAUGAUGAACAAGUAGUCCUCGUCAGGGGCACACCCACGUCGGGUAAGACGACACUCGCGAAGCUCCUUGACGAAUACUAUGAACGGCACGAUGUUCCAUCGGUCUUGAUCCGAUCUUGGCCGAAGGAUGGAUACAAUCUUUAUACCGACAUCCUCAUCCAGCGUGCGAGACGCAAGGGCCAUACUUUCGUCACAGAGAACAAUAUCGACAAUUGCAACAUCGUCUUCAUUAUUGAUGAAGCACAAAUGUCGUACCACGACCAAACUCUCUGGCUUGAGUUUAUCAAGCCUCAAAUCAGUCGACUUCAUGGACCUAGGAUAUGCCUCUUUUGCUCGUACGGUAGCCCCACCGGGGGGGCAACCAACUUCGAUGCUGGCAGCCCUGUCGGGUUCAUCGGUAUUCAAAAGCGCGUAUCUCUGACGGUGUCCAACAUCCGGUAUGCUCCAUCAAUUUGUCUAUUCUACAAUAGAGCCGAAUUUGAUGACGUCAUCCAUCGCCUGUGUGCCGAUAUUCGACGCCCUCUUCCUCUUGACGAUGAGGCCCGCGACUACAUCUUCGAUCUUACGAACGGUCACCCGGGGGCGGUAGAGGCCGUUAUUGACAUUUUAAAGCGAGUGUAUCAUUCACAAAUAAAACACGAAGGGAUUACCGUGGGAGUCGAUCAUAUUGCGUCGCUUCUCGAUGAUGAGGAAUCAUCAUUCGACUUAUUGGCACUGACCGGGUUCAUGCGAUGUUUUCCGCCCCGCAAUGUAGACACCGCCACGGCCAAUGUUCUUCGGGCUGUUCUGGCCAAUCAAAAUGUCCCAUUGGAUCGAGAUGACAAAGGGACAGAAAUUUGCUAUAAAAACGGGUGGCUGCAUGCAGAGCCUCUUGACAUUGAUGCGCAGACCAUAGUGUGCAUAUUCCCAACGAAGCUGCAUCUGAAGUUUGUUGAGUACUACCUAACGGGAUCCUCUGCGCCCUUCCCAUACCAAAAAUUCCCAAGUAUUGAAUCUCUCGCAGAAACUGUCUUGAGGGGAUUUUCCCUUCGGAAUCUCGCUUCAGCGGCACGCUUGGGUACAGGUGUCGCUGUCCGGCCCGUGGAAGCAUCCUAUCAAGAUGAAUUUUACCGCUCACUACAGCAGGUCCUGGGAUUUUCGGCGAAGGUGACUAGUGAAUGGACCGGGGACAAAGACAAUCGUAUAGAUUUCAGGAUCGAUGACCCGAGAUGGGGAAUCAAACUAUUGCGCGACGGCAACCGCCUCGGUGAACACUGUGACAGGUUCGUGGGAAACGGGAGAUAUACGCCGUGGAUCCAAAGUGGAUUACUCCAGGAUUGGCUCGUGAUUGAUUGUCGGACUUCCUUUCCACGCGAAUACAGAGUACCGGGGACGAAACUGUGGAGGGCGGUUUUUGCUAGUGAUUAUACUUCUGUUCGAAUCUUGGACGCGAGCAACCAGAUUGUUGUUGACGAAUUCUCUCUUAUGUCUUAG